AUGCAGGGCGCUUCGGGGGCCCUGCUGCCGGCAUUGGGAGAUGCUCUCUGGACAGUGGCCGCGGUGGCUGCACCUCGCGAUCUCCAACGGCUUGCGCAUGUCUCUCCUGCUGUGAACGUGCUGCUCUCUCCGGUGGCAGAAAGAACAGCGAGGAUCUCGGAGCUGACGCGCUCCCUGAACUGCCUGCCUGUGCAGUUCGGCUUCCCCUUGGCCAGCUUGGGCCAAAAAUGGCUUGAGGAGGCCCUGGCGAGGUUCAGCACGUUGAAACUACUGCGCUGGCGCGAGAAGGCAGGUGAGCUCGCAGGUUGGGUCCCCACGGAGGAGGACCGCUGGCCCGCCUUGUCCAGGGAAGCCUUGCUCUGUGCCAUGGCGGCUGUGCGUGCAGCGAAGCCAGAAAACCGCCUUCUCUUUGCGGCGGUCCUGAGACUUCAGCCGCUGGCGGAAGCAGAGGGAGAGAGGUUAGAAAGGACGGAGAUCUGGACUGCACCCUUGGCUUUUGAGUGGGCCGAUGGCCCAGCUGCAGACCCUUUGCAGAUGGCUCUGCAGCUUGGCUUCCUGGAGGGCGAAGCACGGCUUAACCUCGAGAUGAUCUCAGGCGGCUGGUCGGAUUGGUCAGAGUGCUGGUCAACGCAAGCUGGCACACUCGAAGCUGCCGUGACGGUGGUGGCUAUGCUUCCAAACGAGAGCCACCUCCUUCUGGAAUCUACUGGCAACGGCUCAAUGAUGGCUGUUGGACCAACACCUGACGCACAGUCGCUACGGCGACUUCUGGAAAGUGGUAUGCCAGCUGUCGUUUCUCUGGGCAUGCUCCGCUGGGGCAACGAUUGUCCAGCUUGGAGACCGCGGGAACUUCGCCGCAUUGAGAGGCGGCAAACGGCCAUCGCACCAUCUGCCUUGAGCAGCCAAUCGCGUCAUGCCAUGAUGGACUGCAUCCCCGAGGACAGCCUGGCUGCAGGCUCCUGUCCUCGGGAGCCCCCGGCGCCAUCCGACGGGGACGCGAGCUCCGAGUUCUCAUCGGCCGCUUCUUUGAGCCGCCAGUGCACUGAGUUCAGCGAUGCUGCAGCCCUGGAGCUCAUGUCGCGGCAGUUCACAGACUUUGCGACAAGGCAGGGCGACUUCUGGGUGCGGAAAUGCACGGAGCCCGUCGUCAGCCAGAGGCCGAAGACCCAGGACCCGAGACAAGGCCAGUUUGGGAGGCAGUCCUCGUGCCCAACUCCGAGUCGCCCUCAGAUGGCCUUUGACGGCUUUGAGGGCCUGGGCUUGGCGAACUUCGACCAGACCAUCAAUGAGGAGUCGCAGGGGGAGAAGCAGGAGGACGACAAGGACGACCUGAUAUCCAAAGCGAUCUGUGCAGCGGUGGCCGAGUGCGACUUCAGUGUCGCAAUCGCGGAUCCUACUGGUCUGGACUUCGAGCUUAUCGCGGUCUCCGAGGAGUUUCACCGACUCACCGGCUAUUCAGCGGAGGAGUCGGUCGGUGAGAAUUGCCGUUUCCUCAACUCUGGCUGUCCGAACGAUGCUGGGGCGGCGCUGCGCCUGGCUUGCGAGACCGGCGCGCCCUUCACCUCCAUCCUCGUCAACCGACGCAAAUCAGGUGAGUUCUUUCUCAACCUCCUCUCAAUGCGUGGCCUCGUCCUUGCGACUGAUAGUGCCACCGGUGAGGACAUUUGGAUCCUUGUCUCUGUGCAGCGCGACGUGUCGCUGCUACCCGCUGUGGACUUGCCGAGCAACGACGCGUUCAUGCUCAAGGUAGCGAAUCGCAUUACUCGGCGACUGUACAAGUAUGCCACAGAGCUGGGUAUUGCAAGCAUAAUUCACUCCCGAGGCCGAGUCACCAACGGCGACUCCAAUGGCGGGGCCAAGCUCGCUGGCAUGCACAUGCUGGCCGAAGUUACGUGGAAGCUGGGGGAGCAGAUGGGAUCGAAGACGGAUACCGCUCAGACCAUGAUCCAAAUACUAAAGGCCACCUGGCCGGAGGCUCUUGGGCAAGUGUCCGAGAUUCAGGCUGCGAAGCUCCGCGUGCGGGUGAUCAAUUACAAUUCAGUGGUCAAAGCCUUUGCUUCCGACGCGCUCUGGCGCCAGGCCCUGUCCUUGGCGGUGCAGCUACUUCAGAAGAGCAUCGGGUGGAGUGUGAUCACUUGCAACACUGCUGGCAACAGUUGUGGACGAGCACAGCAAUGGCGUUUUGCAUUACUGGCCCUUUCGGCCCUGGUUAACCACAGCCUGCAGCAGAGCAUAAGUUCUUGCAACACUGCUCUUCAAGUGCAAAGCUUGGGCAUGAAGUGGCAGCAGGCUGUCAGCACACUGGAAAGCGUUCUUCAGGGGGCCAUGGUUGCAGAGCCCCAGACUCUGAACACCGUGAUCCGUGCUUGUAGCACCUGGGAUGAUGCAUGGGAGGCUGUGCUGAGUCUUCUCAGAAAGAGAGUCUCGCUCCUUCCCGAACACUAUCCUGAUGUAUUUACGUACACCAACUGUUUGGCAUGUCUGAGAGGAGAGACCUGGGUGCACUCGACCAGUCUUUUGCAGAACAUGCGUGCUGCCUCAGUUCGAGGAAACCUGGUUUGCCAAGGGGCAGUCGUCACGUCGAUGGAGCGUGGGGGACAAUGGCAGAGAGCCUUGCAAUUAAUCGAAAAGGCUAACCUCAUCGUCUUCAAUGCGGCCAUAAGUGCCUGUGCGAAAGCGGCGGAGUGGCAGCGCAGCUUGGACCUGCUUGUGGAAUUGAAUGCUCGGCGGCUACAGAAGGACGUCAUCACUUGCAAUGCAGCCGUGGCGGCCUGCGUCCGAGGCAGGCAGUGGCAACUAGCUUUGAGGCUAUUGCAAGCAGUUUGGCAGAAAGGGCUGCGUGCGAAUGCUGUGAGCUACACCUUGGCAGUGGGCGCUUGCAGCGGGGGCUCGCACUGGGAGCAGGCAUUGGUCCAGCUGGCGGUAGGCCAAGCUGCAGCCGACGAUGUAGUCAUGCGCAUGGCGGGCAUCGAUGCUAAUUCUCGCGGCGAAGAGUGGCAGAAGGCCUUCUGCUUGCAGGAUACCCUGGGAGCAAGCAUGUUGAGCUACGGUGCCACCAUCAGCUCAUGUGAGGGAGGGGGUCGGUGGGAGCCGGCAAUGGACUUGCUGACACAGCUGCGAGGGGCAGCCGUACAGCUAAACACCGUAAUCUGCAAUACGGCCAUUAGCACUUGUGAGAAGGCUCAAGAAUGGCAGCGUGCCGUCUUGCUGCUGGAACACAUCCAGUGCAGCCGCAGAAUGCAGCCAGACCUGAUCACGUACAAUGCGGCCCUGGCGGCCCUCGCAGCGGUGUCCCGAAAGGGCCCCGGCGCUGCCGCGCUCGCGGCGGUGCUGCUAGAGCAGAUCGAAACCCACGGCUUCCAGUGCAACCUGAUCACCUGGAAUGCAGCGAUCACGGCCUGUGGGGACCAAUGGGAAGCCGCCCUUGAUUUUCUCAGCCGUCUUGAAAGAAGCUGGUGUUUAGCAAACGCGAUUACAUUUGCAGAGACGGUGAGGCAGGGUCCACUCGAUGCGCUUAAGUUCCUUCCAGCUGACUUUCUUUACCUGCGUGGUGCUCCGCUGGAGAGCGAAGAGCCUAAGGAUGGCGAUGGCGAGCUGGUGGAGCACCAGCCGGGGCCAAACGUAUCCGGUAACUCGUCGCCGCACUGGCCAACGGUCCUUGCGGGCUCCUCCUUUGCGGCGCUCACGCUGCUCCUACUUUGCCGACACAUGCGACGAAGUGUGCAUCGAAGCUGUGCAUUGUGCGCCCAGGACCUAGGCGUGAUCAUGCGUGCCUGCCCGCAGCACUGGCUUUCAGUGAUCCGAUCCAUUGGUGGUUGCCCGUGUCGAAGCAUAGCCAUGCCUUUUUCGGAUUUCGCGAAGGUCCGAAACGUGCGGCCCGAGGUCAGCUUGGAUGGGGAUGGCCUUACAUUUGAUGAGGAAGAGCUGACUGCCGCGCUUGGCAAGUUGGAGAAGCUGGACACCUUCGACCUCGCGACACCCACCUCGACAGAGUGUCCCGAGGACUUCCUCCCCGAGGACGAAGCCGAGGAAGAGGUCCCUGAGGUCCAGCCUAUCAGCAGCGCCAGUACGAUCCGACGGUUCCGACUUCGAGAGCACCGGCGGGAGAUGGUUCGGGAGUACUUGGCCAAGCAUGGCUUCCAAGACGCCAAUCAGCCAAAGUCUACGCAUUCAUCCUUCUUCCGCACGGAGACCAUCUACCCCAUCCACCAUGCAGCAAAGCUGGGUCAUUACUUGAUGGUCCGCGAGCUCCUGCGGUAUGGUGUCGACCGCGAUGUGACAACGUCUCGUGGAAGGACGGCCUAUGACUUGGCUGCAGAAGCAGACAAGUUGGACUCCCACCGCAUGGUCCUCGAUCUGCUUUCCGGAGUGUGGAACUCCACAACCUUGCGUGAACUCAGAGAGAGGCUCGACUCAAAAGUGGCUCACAUACUCUCACCUCGGUCAAAACCAUAG